UCGAACUGAAAAUUCCAACAGAGACAGUUAAGUAAAAACUGUUACGGUAACUCAUUUCUAAAUAAUUUUACAAAUAUCUGGACAAAAGAUCAGAUAUUUAGCUUUAAUGCAAUGCAGAUAGCAUAAAAAUAAUGGAUUCGAGCGUUGGCUAAUAAGACUAUAUGGCUUCCAUUUACUUACUCACCAACUUAAGUAACCAUUAUAACCUUGAAGGAUGUAAAUAUGUUUAACCUUUUUCUUGUGCUGCACACUGACGGUUUAAACAUUGUUAAAAGUCCAAUUUUCUACAUAACUCUACAAAAUUCUACACUGCUAUUCUCAACACCUAUUUUUCUUCAUUCUAAGAGGAUGCUUUGUUAUAGUAAAAUUUUCAAUUUUGCUGAAACUUCGUAGAAACGUAUUUGGAGGUGUUUGGAGCACGAAUCAUGCGUUUUUAGAAAAUGACCGUGCGAAUGGCUGUGUGUAUGUGUAUGUAUGUACGUAUACUGUCAUAAUUCUGGAACCACGCGAUCGAUCGUAAUAAAAUUUGGCAUGCAUAUAUGUUUUCUAAUUCUAAAUUUGGAAAAAAAAAUUUUAUGAUAUUGACCAUUUUAUGGCCAUAUUAUAGCUAUUUUUUGAUUUUUGAAAAAUAUUUUUUGCUUUUUUUUGAUAAUAUGAUCUAUACAAUAUAUUGAAAAAUAGUGUAUCGAAAAGAGAAUAAAAUUGCCUACUUUUUUGUAAGAUUUUCCAGAUUGACUGUUCCGUUCAAUUUUUAUGAUAAAAAAGGUGAUUUAAAAAAAAAUUCAAUAUCACCCCAAAAUUAAAUCGUCAAACGUUUUGAAAAAAUUUAUGACAAUAUAAACAAUAAUAUCUAUUUGCUGUAAAAAUUUUAAAACAUUUUGAUGACUAGUUUUCAAGCUAAAAAUCGAAAACUUAAAAAAAUGGGUUUUCUAUGUCGUACGAUUACGGGAGUAAAAAAGCUUUAAUUAACUUUUAAUUAUCUUUUGAUCACCUCGGCUAGGUUUUUUUGCAGCUUAUAAAACCGUUUAGUUUAAAAGAUAUCAGUAUUUAAAUUCUUUGUCUCUCAUCCUGUAUAACGGAAAUUACUAUUUCUGUUAAACCUUAUAACUUGCUAACUAAAGUUCAGAAUGUUAUAAGACAAUUCAUGAUCUUAUGAGGUUAUGAGGACCCUUUAAAAUUUUAAAUUUUUUAUGAAAAUUAUAUGAUUUGAUAUUGUGACGGGUGUUCCUUAUGUAAAAUAAUUGAAUUUGAAAGUAUUUUAAAAAUCAUUAAUAUACUGUAUAUUUGAAUAAUAUUUUACCUAUUUGAACUAUAAAUUUUGUUGGAGGAAGCUACUUGCCAAAGAAUUGGCAGCGGUUUUUAUUAUUUCUCUACACUGCGAAACUCUACACAAGCGAAUAACCUAUAGUUGUAUAAAUGAUGUGACAAUAGGUUAUGUGAUUGUGUAGUCUUUUGCAGUGUUGUAAAAUAAUAAAAAAUUGGUGUAGAAAAUAACGGCGUAGAAAAUAUCCGUUGUGUAGGGUUUUUAUGUGUACAGUUUGUUCGGUGUCUAAUUAAUCAAAUGAUUAUUCAUUUUUAUUUGUUUUACUUAAUAUUCUAUCUCAAUGCACGCAUUUCAAAUGCGUAUGAAUAUCGUUAGCAUUUCGCUUCGAAAAAAUGUCUAUAAGUGCAUCGCAUAUAAUUGUAAUCAGAGGUCUAUUUAAUUGUGUUAUAUAUAUGAUGAUAUAUCAUUGAUAAUUUCGUAUUUCUUUCCUAUGCAUUUAGAAAACACACUAACUGAAGACAACUGGCGAAUAUUAGGUUUAAGGUAAUGUACUAAUGUACUUUUAAAAUUCAUUAAUAUUACAUAAAAGUUGACAAUGCUGCUUUUACAAAAAAAUUCUAGCUUUAUAAAAGGUAAAAUAUUUUUUUCGUAAAAAAAUACUUGAAAUUAGUUGGGAAAUAUAAAUUGGUAAUUGAAACGAGUAAAACAAAAUAAUAAUAAUAAAUGUAUAACAAAAGAGAACAUAAAAAUAAAUGAAUAAGAUAAUAGUACAUGAAUUUUAUUUUCUUAUUAGAUAAGAUAUACCCAUGUAUACUUUGCUUCGUCAUAAUAUCAGCUAGAUAAAAUUCUUGCUUUGCAGUGUACCAGUUAAUAGUUCUUUGCACAGAGUGAAAGAAUAAUAUUGAUGUUUUCGACGUUGACAUUGAGUUAUACGUACGUAAUCUAGUUUUUGUACUUGUCAAGAUUUUCAGAAAUUUUCUUACAAUCAACCUAAUGUUGAAGUAACUAUUCAAAUAUAAAUAAGUGUUUACAAAUUUUUAUUUAUUAUUAUUAUUUUUUUUUGUUUUUGAUACCAAAAAAGUUUGUUUUCAUAUUAUUUAUCAAAUUCAAUGCGAAAUUAAAAUACAAUUUGUGCACAAUAAAUGACUUAUUUAGAACAAGUAUAAUGCUUACAAUUCUACAUUGAGAAUGUUUACCUGUAUUUCUAAAUUAAACAUUUUUGGUCAUAAAAGAAGUGUUAAUAUAGAAAAAAAAACUAAUGAUCAAAACAAUUCUCACUUACAUGGACUAUAUGCGACCCGUCUCAACGAUCGCCGAAGCGAACAGCGCCCCCCCACUGGAACCAUAAAGUCGACGGUCACAACAAGUGUGUAGCACAAAAAGUUUAAAUGAAAAACUAUAUACAAGAAUAAAGUUAAUAUGACAAUAUAAAGCAAAAUAAAAAUUGAAGAUCUUCAAAUUUCAAAGGCCAGAGUAGACAGAGCAAUCAAAACAAAUUCCCCGGCUAUCUAUACAUAUUGGUACGCAUGCGCGGACUGCAUUUUUCCAAACUGGCCACUUCUAAAGUUCAGGACAGACUGAGGAAUCGAAACCACUUUCCCGGCUAUUUAUACAUAUUGGUACAAAUGCGCAGAUUGCAUUUGUGAAUAUCAGCAAUAUAUGUGUGUGUGUGUAUAUAUAUAUAUACACGCACACACAUAUAUAUAUACAUAUUGUCGCAAAGACUAGAAUCUACAAAUAUUAUCCUAUAAAAUCCUAUAAAUCCUAUAUUGGAAAGGUAUAAUACACUUUUCGCAAUAUUUCAAUUCAACAUUUUUGUUUUAUAAAUUUUGAAUUUCUCAUCUUUACCCUUUCUAAUUUUUAUUUUUCAAAAUUUUUACCCUCACUUAGUAACUUUAAUUGACAAUUUUCUACCGAAAUUAUUUAUCUGCUAAAUAUUUAAAUUUGAAAUGAUUUAUUUCUGUAUGUUUCAGAUUAUCAUCAACAUCAAAAUUCAACAAUGGAUUCAUUUAAUGCAAAAAAUAAUCUGCAUAAACAUAAAAAGCAAACUGUCGAAGGAGUAUGCAACAGCAGGUGAUUUCGAUGAUGUGCACAAUUUACUUGUAGUUAAUUCUAAAGAUUUAUCAGACUCAUCAGUCUCAUCAUGUUCUUAUGAGAAAAGCAACCAUAGGGGCGGAAUAAUUGGUAAAACACCAUCGCUACAAUCAGAACCUAUACCAAUCUAUCAUAAGGAUGAGAGAUCACAGCAACAAAUUAAAAAAGCAAUAAUUGAAAACGAAUUUUUGGGAAAUUUAGAGGAGUCACAAAUAAAUACUAUUGUAUCAGCCAUGUAUCCGAAAUUAAUCAAACCAAAUACACUUGUGAUUCAAGAAGGUGAUAUAGGAUCUCAUUUAUAUGUAUCCGCUGUGGGUGAAUUCGACAUUUACAGAGGAACAAAUUUUCAACGUAGUUUUGGGCCUGGAGUAGCUUUUGGUGAAUUAGCUCUUCUGUAUAAUACCAAAAGACUUCGUUCUAUUAGUGUUUCUAAACCAUUCACAGUUAGAAGAGAAGGAAAGGUUUGGAUUCUUGAUAGAUCAAUAUUUUCAACUAUUAUGAUGAGGAGUGUUCAAAAUAAAUUAGAAGAUAAUUUACGUUUUUUGAAAAGAGUUUCUGUGUUGCAAAAAUUACCAGAACCAAAGGAACAUGUACUAUCGAAAAUAUCAGAUUUAAUAAAAAUAGAAUUUUAUCCAGCUGGUGCGCAAAUUGUACGGCAAGGUGAAAAAGGGAAUAAAUUUUACAUCAUUAGCGGAGGAACCGUUAGAGUUACAAAGGAUACUGAUUUUGGCGAAGAAGAAUUAGUUGUUCUUUGCAAAGGCCAAUACUUUGGCGAAAAAGCACUUUAUGAUGAUAGUGGUGAAAACCGAAGACAUGCUAAUGUGAUUGCUUUAGAUCCAGUUGAAUGUCUAACUUUAGACAGAACAUCUUUUCUGAACUAUUUAGGAAGUUUGGAGGAAAUUCGUAAUAAAGAUUGGUUAUCAGAGCUAAAUAAACAAAAACGCACUCUUACUCCGAAAAGAUGGAAAACUGAAUAUGAAAAACUAACGUUGUCUGACUUUCAAAUAAGAGGUACCUUAGGGGUUGGUGGAUUUGGACGUGUUGAUUUAGUUACAUUACACUCAGAUGCUAAAAAAAGUUUUGCUUUAAAAAAACUAAAAAAGAAAGUUAUGGUUGAUUUACAGCAACAAGAGCAUGUUCUUAACGAGAAGCGCAUAAUGCAGGCUUGCGAAUCCCCAUUCAUUUGCAAGCUUUAUAAAACAUAUAAAGACAACAAAUUUGUCUACUUUUUAAUGGAAGUAUGUCUUGGAGGUGACGUUUGGACUACCUUACAAAGGCGGCGUCGUUUUGAUGACGAAACAUCUCAGUUUAUGAUAGCUUGUGUAGUUGAAGCAUUAGAUCACCUUCAUUCUAUGAACAUAAUUUAUAGAGAUUUAAAACCUGAAAAUUUAAUGUUAGAUAAUCGAGGAUAUGUAAAACUCAUUGAUUUUGGAUUUAGUAAAAGAAUAGGUCCAUCAAAAACAUGGACUUUUGCUGGCACUCCAGAAUAUGUAGCUCCUGAAAUUAUACUUAAUAAGGGACACGACAGAGCUGUUGAUUAUUGGGCCCUUGGAAUACUAACGCACGAAUUAUUAAUUGGCAGACCACCUUUUAGAGGACCCGAUCAUAUGACUACUUAUAAUAAAAUCCUAAAAGGAAUAGAAGUAGCUGGAAUACCUAAUAAUGUUAAUAAGAGCGCUAAUUUUUUUAUUAAAAAAUUGCUUCGGUCAAGUCCUUUAGAGCGAUUAGGAUACCAACGUAACGGUAUUCAAGACAUACGAGACCACAAGUGGUUUUCUAAUUUUAACUGGACAGCAUUACAGAGAUUAACAUUACCUGCUCCGAUAGUACCUACAAUACGUAGCUCAACUGACACUCGAAAUUUUGAAAGAUAUCCACCUGAUAAAGAAUUACCUCCAGAUGAAAAUUCCAAUUGGGAUAUUGAAUUCUAACCUAAUGAUAAGAAAAUAAUUAUUUAUGUGUUUAUUUCUUUAACCCAAACUUCUUUUCCUCACCUUUUUUUGAGCCUUUUAUUUUUAUCUGCAUUUUUUAUUAGAUUUGUAAUGCUAUUACAAAAUACAAGACAAAUAUUCAUAAUGUUAUAAUUAUAAGGAAAGAUAUAUUUAGAAUGUACAAUACAAGCAAGUGUAUCCAUAUCACAAAGCUUUGUAGUGUAUAUUUAACUCAAACAAAAUAUAUGCAUUUCCAAGAAAAA